AAUACUCGUCAUAGAUGUAUCGUAAGGUGACAGUUGAAUAUGUCUUUGUUCAUUUCCCACAUCGAGAUGACAAGGAGUCCAACACAAGGCCCUCCCUUUCAUGGCUCCAACGACGGGGAGGCGUGGCCGGGUCAUGUUUACGUCUGGCUUCCCAGAGAAGAAGAAGAAGAAGAAGAAGAAGAAGAAGAAGAAGAAGAAGAAGAAGAAGAAGAAGAGGACGAGGAAGAAGGAGGAGGCGACGGUGGAGAGUGCACCUGUCGUCAUCCCGCUCGGAUAUCGUGGCACGCCGACAGUCAAAUGAGACACUCGCUCCCGCGAGGCAGUUCACCAGAAGCUUCCACUAAGGUUGCACUCGUCCAUGCUGAGAAGGGGAAAGAGCGGCCGGCCUCCACGUUCGGCCUGGAGCGAAAUGCGCCACGGGGUGGAUUGCGUCACAGUGAUGUCGACGUCUGCUGAAGGAGAAGAAUGGGAAAGCCA